AGCAAUUCGUGCAGUAGUUGCCAAGAAUGCGGAGGGAAGGAUAGCGGUGUUGAAAUCCAUUCAGCUAUAACUAGAGUUAUAGGACUUUGUGAAUCGUUCAGUCUGCUUAAGGCGCGUUUUGUGAAGUUCUCUUUCCAUGCCAGGCCAUAACCGUAUGUUAGUAAUUUAACAUCGGAUAAUAUUCAUCCUACGGUUAAGAAGUCUGUGCAGUUGGCUUUAAAAUACGUGUCAAUUCAACUCCGACAACAUGGCGACACUGGUGCAUGAAAAUGUUAAGAAAUACUACGGCUCCCGCCUUGAAUCUUCGGAAGAUCUUCAGACCAACGCAGCAUGUACGUUACCCUCGCGCCCCAUGUCCAAGAGCGCAUUUGAUGCCCUCAAACUGGUUCACCCAGAGGUGUGCAAAAAGUAUUUCGGCUGUGGUCUGGUGGUCCCGGAGAAGCUCCAGGGCUGUAAGAUUUUGGACCUGGGCAGUGGCACUGGUCGAGACUGCUACAUCCUCAGCAAGCUUGUGGGGAAGAGCGGCCAUGUGAUUGGUAUCGACAUGACGGAGGAACUGGUUGUAGCAGCACGGAAAUACAUCCAGUACCACCAGGAGAAGUUCGGUUUCGAGAAACCCAACACCAUCUUUGUCCAGGGAUACAUGGAGCGACUGCAUGAGGCUGGUAUACAGAGUAACACUCUGGAUGUCCUGGUGUCAAACUGUGUGAUUUGCUUGUGUCCGGAUAAGAAGGCUGUCCUGCAGGAAGCGUACAGGGUCCUCAAGGAAGGUGGUGAAUUUUAUUUUAGCGACAUGUACGCAAGCAAAGUUGUUCCUGAAAACUUGAAACAAGAUCCGGUUCUGUGGGGCGAGGGAAUGGGGGGCUCCCUCUACUGGCGAGAUCUUAUUGCCCUUGUGAAGGAUAUUGGCUUCAGCACCCCUCGCCUGGUAGCCGCCAGUCACAUCAUGGUCCACAACAGUGAACUCCAGAGGAAAGCAGGGGACAUCGUGUAUGCGUCAGGCACAUACCGCCUCUUCAAACUGCCCAAAAACUCAGUGGAGGUUCCUGCCGUGGUGACGUACAAGGGAACAGUGCCAGAUUACAGUGAGCAGCUGGAUCUGGACUCCUCACACUCCUUCAAGAGAGAUGUGCCGGUUCCCGUGGACGCAGAGACAGCUGCUGUGCUGCGAUUCUCUCGUUUCUCAGAUGACUUCUGCAUCCAGAGCUGUGGCGGCCCGGUGACCGAUCAAAGCUGCCCAUUGCAGGACUGCCACCUCAGCCCGUUCCUCCUUGCUGACAGGCUGGGCUCCUCCAUCAAGCAGUGCUCAAAGACUGGGAGGGCAGAUGGGACUGCUUCCUCUGACUGUGACGCUGGAGAAGCCACCAGCAGCUGUGGCCAAGGAGAAUAACCUCUUUCUUCAGUGCUGUGGUUAUGUUGCUUUUCUGCAUCAGUGAUGCUUUAGCAUGAUAUAACAUAACAAGUGUUGGUUUUAUGCUCAGCACAGUCAUCUUCCAGAUAGAUGCUUAAUUGCCGUGAUUGCUGAUGUGGCACUAGAUAUUCUUUGUCUGUUCCUUUGUAGUCUGUGCACUUAUGACAUAAACAUAGCGUGUCUUGCAUGAUGGCCUUAUUGAUUUGUAUAAGAGAUUCUGGCAGUUAAAUACGCAGAAGUAGCGGACGUGCUGUGAAAGUCAUCCAUUUGAUUAAAUUUGCUUUUUAUAUGUUUAUUGUGUUUUCAAACCCGCGAAGUCAAGCUAAAACAGUA